AUGGCAGCCUCUGUCACCCACGUUGAUAACCGCAACUUCAAGGAGGGUGUCCGGUUCACACUCUUCGAUAAGGGAAAGGGUAUGCCUCCGGAGUACAUCCCCGCUAAAAUAUCCGAGGUUGAUCAAGAGCAAGUCGAUGAUAUACUCGCUGGAUACGACAAAGUUGAACCUAUCGAGUUUUGA